AUGAAAGUAUUAUUUGUUCUCGCCGCUAUACUGGCAGCAGCAAGUGCCCUGCCCAUUGAGGAGCGCAUCAACGGAGAGAAUGGCUGGUACGUUCCCCAGGCUGAUGGCAGCUUCGAGUGGAUGGAACUGAAGGAUGCCGAGGAGCUGCUGGCCAACGGCGAGGCAAUGGACGGCCGCAUCAGCACCAAUGCCGUGUCUUUCUACCUCUACACCAAGUCCAAUCCCACUGAUGGCAAAGAAAUCAAGGCUAAGGCCUCGUCCGUUGAUGCCUCCCACUUCAACAAGGACCACGGCACCCGCUUUGUCAUCCAUGGAUGGACUGGACGCUACACCGAUGACAUGAACACCCGCAUAACCAAGUCGUGGCUGUCUAAAGGAGAUUACAACGUGAUUGUUGUGGACUGGGCACGUGCUCGUUCGGUUGACUACGCUUCCUCUGUGGUUGCUGUUCCUGGAGCCGGUGCAAAGGUCGGCGAGAUGAUCAAUUACCUGCACGAGCAUCACGGCAUGUCACUGGACAGCCUGGAGGUCAUCGGCCACAGUCUGGGAGCCCAUGUCUCUGGUUAUGCCGGCAAGACCGUUGGCAAGGGUCGUAUCCACUCCAUUGUCGGUCUGGACCCUGCUCUUCCCCUCUUCAGCUACGAUAAGCCCGACAAGCGUCUCUCUAGCGAUGAUGCCUUCUAUGUGGAGUCCAUCCAGACAAACGGCGGCAAACUAGGAUUCCUGAAACCCAUCGGCAAGGGAGCCUUCUACCCCAACGGCGGCAAGACGCAGCCAGGAUGUGGGUUGGAUGUCACCGGCUCCUGCUCUCACGGCCGUUCCGUCCUGUAUUACGCCGAGGCCGUCACUGAGGACAACUUCGGAACUAUUAGGUGCCACGAUUACGAGGCAGCUGUCUCCAAGGAGUGCGGCAGCACCUACAGCAGCGUCCGCAUGGGUGCCGUACACAACGCCUACAUGGUCGAGGGUGACUUCUAUGUGCCCGUGAACAGCAAGGAGCCCUUCGGCAAGAUUGAAUAGGAAUGACAAUAGGAAUGUGCCUAUUCAUUGAGUGAAUAAAAUAAAGA